ACUCCUAAUUAAGGAGAAGACUUCACUCGUAGAAAAACUUAGUGCGAGAAGACGCAUCCAUUCCAUUAAUCCCUUCCUUCCUCCAACACAUCUAACAUACAUACCAUCAAUUUACAGCCAUGGCGAGAAACUACUAUUAUUGCAUUUUUGCAUAUGCAUUCCUUAUAACCUUCCAAAUACAUACUUGUCUAGCCAAAAUGCCGAUGACCCUUGCUACUGAUCAAAUAUCCCUUCUUGCCCUAAAAAUGAGCAUAAACUCAGACCCAUCUCGUCUACUUGCAACAAAUUGGACCAACUCGAGCUCCGUGUGCAGCUGGAUCGGCGUCACUUGCAGCUUGCGCCACCAAAGAGUAGCUGCUUUGAACCUCUCCUACAUGUCUCUCUCCGGCACCAUUCCACAACAGCUCGGACACCUCUCCUUCCUCGUCUCCCUCGACCUCAGAAGCAAUCUUUUCCAUGGAGAUUUGCCUCAAGAGCUGUCUCUCCUUCGCCGUUUGAAGUUCAUAUCUCUCCGACACAACAACUUCACCGGAGACAUCCCAAAAUCCCUCGCAAACCUAACAAACCUACAAACUCUUGAUUUGAUUUCCAAUUCUCUAAGUGGAGAAAUUCCGAAAGAGUUGGGGGGACUUCCAAGUCUAAGAAAAUUGUGGAUUGAAUCCAACGGUUUAUCCGGUGCUAUACCAUCAGCCAUAUUCAACAUCUCUACCCUUGAAUCUAUAGCUUUGUCUAGCAAUAAAUUGAGUGGAAGUCUUCCAACAGACAUGUGCAGUAAUCUUCCAUUUCUUACUCGGAUUUAUCUUUCUGAAAAUCAGCUGAGUGGCGCGAUUCCCACAAAUCUAUCCCAAUGUUCACGACUUGAGGUUUUGAGCCUCUCUUACAACUCUUUCAGUGGGCAGAUACCUUCAGAAAUCAGAUACUUAACAUCUAUUCAGUAUUUACUCCUUGGUGGUAACAAUUUGAACGGUAUACUACCACGUGAGAUUGGGAAUCUUCAAAACUUAUUCUUUUUUAGUGCUGAAGGCAACCAGAUUGGGGGCUCAUUUCCAUAUAGUAUUUUCAUGAAUAUGUCUUCUCUAGGAACCUUAUUUUUAGGGCGCAACAAGUUCAUAGGGAACCUUUCAAGAAAUGUCGGAAAUCUUACAAUGCUAGCAAACUUAGACCUCUCAGAAAACUAUUUGACAGGGGUUAUUCCUAGAGAAUUUGGCCAACUUAACCAACUGGAGGAGUUGCGAUUAGGAUUCAACGCCUUGAGUGGUUCCAUUCCACAUGAGCUCUUCAACAUUUCAAUUCUUCGAACUCUUUUGCUUUCUGAUAAUGCUCUCUCAGGCCUUCUUCCAACCCAUUUAUGCCACACCUCUCCCUUUCUCGAAGAGCUUUAUCUUGCCCUAAAUUCCAUCACCGGAGCAAUACCUAACUCUAUCUCUAAUUGUUCUCGACUCACAAUUCUCAUACUUGGUGAAAACAAAUUCAGUGGUUACAUACCUUCCGAUCUCGGCAACCUAAGACUUCUCCAACGUCUUCAGCUAUCCAGCAACAAUCUCACAAAUGCGCCAUCUUCUUUAGACUCGAGCUUCAUUGAUUCAUUGACAAAUUGCAGGUUUCUAGCUGAUUUGUUAAUUGGUGGUAAUCCUCUAUAUGGCGUUGUUCCGGCUUCCGUGGGGAAUUUGUCUUCAUCUCUCCAACAAUUUGAUGCCAGCAACUGCAAUUUAAGUGGUGAAAUUCCUGCUGAAAUAGGUAAUUUAAGCAGUUUGAUGACAUUGAAUUUAUAUGGCAACGAGUUAUCCGAUAAUAUUCCACUUGCUAUUAAAUAUUUGCAUGAGCUUCAAGGAUUAUCUCUAGAUGAUAACAUGUUGGGAGGCUCCAUUCCAGAGGCUAUAUGUGAUUUACACAACUUGAAUUUUAUAAACAUUAGCCAAAAUCAAUUUUCGGGUCCGAUUCCUAAAUGUUUGGGAAAUGUCUCUUCUUUAAGACAUAUUUUUAUAGGUUCCAACAUGUUGAAUUCGAGCAUACCGUCAAGCUUAUGGGGCCUAAAAGAUUUGAUGAAUCUAGACAUGUCAUCGAAUUCAUUGACUGGUUCUUUACCUCAAGAGAUAAGUAACUUAGGAGCACUAAUCUAUAUAAAUCUAUCAAUGAAUCAGUUGUCAGAGUCUAUUCCAAGUGCUAUUGGGAAGUUGCAGAAUCUUGUUUAUUUGUCUUUGGCAAGUAAUAAAUUAGAAGGCUAUAUUCCUUUGUCUAUGGGAAGCAUGAUCAGUUUGGUAACUCUUGACUUAUCGUACAACAAUCUCUCCGGUUCAAUUCCGAAGUCCUUAGAAGAUCUUGAGUACCUCGACUAUUUCAAUGUCUCUUUCAAUAACCUAAGUGGAGAAAUUCCUAACGGUGGUUCUUUCAGAAACUUCACUAUGGAUUCUUUUAAGGGUAAUGAGGCAUUGUGUGGAAUUCCGAGGUUCCAUGUCCAAGCAUGCCCUGCAGCUUCUACUCACAGAUCAAAGAAGAAGAAUGUAGAACUUGCUUUAUUUAUUGCUUUAGGGGUUGUGGCCUUCAUUUCAGUUGUUUCAUUAGCCUUUAUCAUUGUUAGAUACAGAAGGAAAGAACAGACAAGUAGUAGAGUUGAUGAGUUGAUAUCCGUUGUGCCGGAAAGAAUUUCUUAUUAUGAACUUGUGCAAGGAACUGAACAAUUCAACGAAAGCAAUUUACUUGGCUGUGGGAGUUCUUGUUCAGUUUACAAAGGAAUUCUGAAUAACGGAAAGACUGUCGCUGUCAAGGUGUUUAAGAUGCAAUUAGAAGGCAUUUCAGGAAGAUUUGAUGUUGAAUGUCAGAUACUAAGUAACAUUCGACACAGGAAUCUGACCAACAUCAUAAGCAGUUGCUCCAAUGAAGAGUUCAAGGCUAUAGUACUUGAAUAUAUGCCGAAUGGAAACCUCGAGAAAUGGUUAUAUUCAUUCAACUAUUGCUUGAAUGUGAUUGAAAGAUUGAAUAUAAUGAUUGAUGUUGCAGCUGCUUUGGAGUAUCUUCACUACGGUUAUUCAACACCCAUUGCUCACAGUGACUUAAAGCCUAGUAAUGUGUUGUUAGAUGAAGAUAUGGUUGCUCAUGUAAGUGAUUUUGGGAUAUCGAAGCUGUUGGGAGACGAAGAUAGCUUUGUGUUAACUAAUACCCUAGCAUCGUUGGGUUACAUUGCUCCAGAGUAUGGUUUGGAAGGACUAGUUUCGACAAGAUGUGAUGUGUAUAGCUUUGGUGUUAUGUUGAUGGAAACUUUCACUAGAAAAAGGCCUAGUGAUGUUAUGUUUGGCGGAGAUUUGAGCAUAAAAAUAUGGGUAGAACUCUCACUCCCACAUGAGACAGAUCAAGUGAUAGAUGCCAACUUAGUGAUGAAUUUGGAGAAACAACAAUUUGACAAAAAUUUGCAGUGUGUAUCAUCCAUACUUGAAUUGGCUUUGAAAUGCUCCGUAGAUUCUCCCGGUGAUAGAAUCAACAUGAAAGAAGCACAUGCGGAAUUGCAAAGAAUUCGUCGACAAUUUUUGCAAUGAGAUCAAAAUUGGAGGUAUGCCCUUGGAAAGAAUCGUGUAUUUCCAACAAGGUACGACAAAUUUUUUUAUUUUCCAUCUAAAUCUCAAUUCGUUAAUUAAGUUUAGAUGAGAGAAACUUUGAAAUAUUAAUAUUAUAUUAUUUAAUGUGAUCAUAUAAAUUUAUUUAAAAAUGUGAUUAUACCAAUCAAUUGGUUUUGGAAAAUGGAAACAGAAUAACAUAUUAUAGCUAUUUUUUUUUUUAUCGAUUUUAUGGGAUCUAAUUUCAUUCUCUUAGAUGUUCAUGGGAUUUGGAUUUUAAGUUUUUGAUAUUGUGUAGAUUUGCGAUCUAAUUUCCUUGAUAUGCUCGAAUUUUUCGUGGCGAAGGUGACAUUUAUGCCUGUGAUUGGAUGUCAAUCGAUAGAUUUUACCUGUACUGAUCCAGAACCGUUGAUUACCCGUUGUGCUAUAAAGUAACGGUUCUGGUUCUGGUUCCAGACCCUACUCGUUCAGACCCAGAACCUGAUCGAUUCAGACCCAGUUCGACCCGACCCGCAAACUUUUUUUUUUUUUUUUUUUUAAUUUUUCAGUUCAGUACCAUCCAGCCCGUAGAUAAUUUUUCAAUUUUUUUUUAAUUUCGAGUCCGGUCCGACCCACAAAUGCAUAUUUAAAGGAUUAACUUUUUCCUGGAUUUUGUAUUAAAAUAGUUGUAAUUCAUUAAUUAACACUUAAUUAAAUCUAGGGUUAAGUAUCAAAUACGCCCCUAACAUAAAGGCCUUUAUCACGUCUAGCACCCUAUGGUCGAGGUCGGUUCAACUAAACCCCUGAAGUGCUUAAUUUCGUACAAUUAGCCCCUCCGACUUAACGACCGUUUAACACCGUUAACUAUUUUAUUUUUUUUAUUUCGUUCAUGGUGGAACCCACGGCUAAACACGCCGAAAAACACGCUGCUCUGCCCCUGAGCUCGACGACAUCCCAAUCGCCUCUGCCCACAACUAACAACACAUCCCUCACUGCUGCUACUACUCACAGCAACCAGUUUCUCCAUUAAUUUUAAUUGCGGCGUCCAUGGGCGGAGAUGGAGUGGAAAAAGAGGAAGACAACGUCAUGGUCGCAGCGAUGGCGGCGGCAGGCAUCUCCGAUAGAGAAUCUGGCACUCUUUUUCUCGCUGUGGCUGUAAAGACUUGUUUGAUCUAUGGAGAGUUUCCAUAAGAACUCAAGUGCAAUCUUUUCUAAUUUGAAGUCCUCAAUAGUUACUUAAUUUAUUUAAAAAUUGGA